AUGUGCCACUUUCAGGUCUCCUUACACUGUUUGGUGAGGUUCCAUUUUGUCAUAGGGUGCUGGCAGAUUACGGGCCUCCCAUUGCUGCUGCCAGGCCCCUAUCUCUGCCAAUGGGGCCCCCGUACCGCCUGUCCUCAAUGCUGCUGCCAGGUCCAGAGUGUGUCAUGGGGUCCCUGUACGGGCCCUCCCAUUGCUGCUGUACUCAUCGCCACACUCUGCCAUGUGCCACUUUCAGGUCUCCUCACACUGCUGGUGGGUUCAUUUUUGUCAUAGGGUGCUGUAUGGCUCCAUUGCUGCUCUGCCUCCAGCCGCCACAUGUGGCUCCACACUCUGUUUUGGGCCCCCGUGACUGCCCAAAUGAGUGAAGUGUGCGGUGAUUCUAAGAUCGAGCCGGCACUCAUCUGCAUGUCAUACUGACUGACAGUAUUAUUUCUCUUCCCCAGCAGACUCCAAGGGCAUUUUUAAAUUAAAGGUUUACAGUGAUUUCUGCACUAAUAUUA